AUGUACAGCAGAGGGCGGGAUGGACUGCGCAAUCUUGACGUGGCGCUGGAGGCGCUGCGGCAAGGGGCCCUCAAGGAGUCACGCGCAACCCGCGCGGAGGUGAAGCGCUCGAUGCUUCGCGAGGACGUGCGCCGGCAGAACCGGCAGCAGCGGGGGGAAGGAGGGGACGGGUGGCCACCGUCGUCCUCCGCUCCUCCUGUGGACGUGCAUGCCCCCUUCACGGGGUCGGGGCUGCUGUCGACGUCGAGGUCGGUCGGCACUGGGGGAAAUGACACGACCGGCGGCAUGACCGGGCCGGAGGGGCUUCCGGCGUGGUACGACGGCUACUACGCGGCAUCGCCGGGGACGGUAGAGCGGGAGCCGUGGUGCCGUGCGACUACCCCCGCCUCCGGCGAGGAGGAGGAGGAAGAGUGCAGUGUCGCUGGUGCGAUAGAAGAUGGCGAGGAGGGCGCCGUGGUCGUGGACGUCAGUCAGCGUGUAUCGCAGGCAGAGCGCACGCUCUACCCCGUCCUCCUCGCCGAGGUGGCGGCGUGUGCCACAGCCGACGCAGAAAGCAACGGGGGAAGUGUACUGGGGAUGGGCAGUAGUGAGGUGAUCGAGUGGGACGAGCGUGGGGCUCCCGUGCGACUGCGGGGCACCUGGCAGCCGGUCACCCCGCAGGGACUUCUCCCCGUGCCAGGGGCUGCGGAUGAAAGGCGGGAGUCUGUGGGGAGUGGCGUCGUGCCCUCCGGGCGCACCUCCGCAGCGAUGACGGGGACAACGACGCAGUUCAUCAACUUUGACGCGAGGUUGUCUGGUCAGCCCUGCGAGUACACGCGGAAGGAGAACCCGUUGAAGCCGACGCUUAUUGGGGUGAAUCAGCCGCAGGGCCGCGCCCCUCCGUCUCGUCGCCGGGGGUCGCGUGGCGCAAGCGACGGGGGAGCCGUGAGCCGCACGCGGCAGAUUGCGCCAAGCCUGCAUGGCCGAGCCAACGGCACACGCGGCCGCCGCAGGCCACCGCUCUCCACGGAAGGCUCGGCUGUCGCCGAGAGUAGUGCAGGCGCCAUCGCCGGGCGAAUCCGCCAGGCGGUGUUGCAGGGACGAACGGCUCAGCUUGAGGGCCCCAAGAACGGUGUCCGGCGUGGAGGUGGCUCCCCGCCCCUGGUGGACCUUGGCCUUGGCGCCCGCUGCCACGUGGCGUACGCGCCAGACAACGUGGAGUGCGUUGUGGCACAUGUGCUGCGUCCCGUCACGGCGUUCUUCUGCAGCUCCUGUGGGGCCUGCGCCGCGCGAGAUGUUGUGACGGGCCACCCAAGCGCCUGCGCCGCGUGCGGGGCGGCCUUCGAGGAGAUCUCACCGCCACGCCAGCACGCGUGCCUCAUGGACACCGUUGCGGCGGAGAACGAAAACAUUGCCGCCUGGCAAGAGGCGGGUGCGUCGGCGGGACCCCCGACUCCGGUGAGAAAGAAGAAAUGCACAACAGCGACGUCGACGAUGACCCCCACAACCACCAACGUAGAGGCAGGAAGAAGCACCGCGGCUACGGGAACCGGCACGACGUCCACGGCGGUGAAAGUGGCUGCAGGUACGCAAGCCGGCCCCAGUUGCCGCGUUCCCCCUCUCGCCGUGACUGCCGUACAGGGCGUGUAUUUUCUGCACUUAUGGGACCUAGCCACUGCUGCCCAUCACAAGUGA